AUGGAGGAGCAAACUAAGGCCAUCGCGGACCUGACGGCGGUCAUCUCGGCGAUGUCGGCGAAGAUCGACGCGAUCCACCCCGUGGUGCUCGAUCUUCAAGGGUGGAAGCCGGCGAUCGAGCGAUCCGUCGAUGAGCUCCGCGCAGAGGUGGGAGAUCUGCGAGGUUUGCUGCAAGAGAAGGGCAAGAGCGUGGAGGGCGCACCGGCGGCUCCCUUGCCGUCGAACCCAUCGCCGCAGCCCCCGACCAGGCUGCUGGAUCUGCCGCCCCUGAUUCCUCUGGCGGUGGAGACCAAUCUCGCGCGGCUAGCCGAAGGGGCGCAGAUGCAGGGUGGCGGCAGCCACGGGCCAAUCGGCCACGGCAGGACUACAGACCACCGGGGGAUGUCACCGGGGUAUCGAUCCCCGCGGGCGCCUCCGGUCACGGGUACGUUCGAUUCCCAUCUGCCGUUCGGAGAGAGCUCAUACACGGGGGAAAGGGGGUUCGGUUUUUCUCGCUAUCCACCACCACCACGCCUAGAAUUUCCACUGUUUGAUGGUGAUGGACCACACGCUUGGCGUCUGAAGUGUGAAGCUUACUUUCGCGUUUGCACCUUGAGUCCAGAUACAUGGGUGAGUUGCGCCGCGAUGUACUUCAUCGACGGGGCGCUAUCCUGGUUGCAAUCCACCAAAGCUCAUUUAGUUUACCAAGAGUGGGAGGGGUUUGCUAUGGCUGUGUGCGAGCAAUUCGGGCGAGAGGAGUUCCAAUCGCUGUUGCGUCAGUUCAAUAGGCUGCGGCAGACGGGGGCGGUGACUGAAUAUGCAGAGAAAUUUACUCAGUUUAUGCAUAAUCUCAUGGCUCAUCAUGCAUCAUGGGAACCUACUUACUUCAUUACGCAUUUCAUUGAUGGGCUACAGAAGGAAAUUCGUGCUGCUGUGGUGUUGCAUCGUCCAAAAACACUCGAUACUGCUGUCGAUCUUGCUUGUCUGCAGGAGGAAGUGAUGGAGGCGAUGCGCAAGGAGGACAAGCGCGAAGAUCGUCGGUACACGCCGGCGGCGACCGCGAGGCCAGUGCCCCGAACGGCCUUGCCGCUCCCUCCCCCACCACCAUCGGCACCGCCCAAGUCUUCAGCGCCUCCGGAGACGCGCAGCGCGGACCGUCGCACUGUUGAAGCAGCACACGCCCCGUCAGAAGAUCGAAUCGCUGCCCUGCGCGCCUACCGCCGGGCGCGGGGCCUGUGUUUCACCUGUGGAGAGCGGUGGGGACGUGACCACCGCUGCGGCCCAACGGUCCAGCUCCACGUCGUGGAGGAGCUGAUCGACAUGAUGCGGGGUGAUCCGACCACCGCCGACGAGCACACUCCAGCGGGGUCAGUGGCAAGUGAAGCGGAAGCCGACUGCUGUGUCAUCUGUAAGGAAGCAGUCGAAGGGGCUGAAUCUGCAACGACUAUGCGCCUGCAUGGCUGGGUCCAAGACCGCGAGGUGUUGAUGCUGGUUGAUUCUGGAUCCUCGCACAGCUUUGUCUGCGAGUCCCUAGCGGAGCAACUAAGCGGCAUGAAGGUGAGCGACCACACCAUGGCUGUGCGGGUGGCCAAUGGAGGUGUGCUUCAGUGCAAUCGGGAGCUACCGGCCUGCCCGUGGAGAACCCAAGGGGUGACCUUCCACACCGACCUCAAGGUCCUUCCCUUGGGCUGCUACGACAUGAUUCUGGGCAUUGAUUGGCUCGCUCAGCGCAGUCCGAUGAAUGUUCAUUGGGGGGGAGAAGACUACGAGCUUCGACUACAAUGGGGCACGAGUUCGAUUGCAAGGGGCUCGCGCUGACACCUCCCAAUGCCAGCAACUAUCCAGUGAUGAGCUGAACAAUCUUCUGCAGCGCUCGGGCGUGGCUCGGGUCAUUCACUUAUGCACAGCAGCUGAAGGAGAGAUCAAGGCCACGGAGCUGCCGGUUCCGAGUGCUGUGGCCGAGCUGCUCGCGGAGUACGAUCACCUGUUCGCUGAACCCCGAGGGCUGCCACCGCAACGUGCGUUCGACCACACCAUCCCUCUGUUGCCAGGAGCGAAGCCCGUCAAUAUUAGACCGUACAGAUACAGUCCGGCACAAAAGGACGAGGUGGAGCGGCAGGUGGCCGACAUGCUCGCCCAAGGCAUCAUUGUGCCAAGCUCCAGCCCUUCCGCGUCUCCAGUCUUGCUAGUGCAGAAGAAGGACCUCACCUGGCGAUUUUGUGUGGACUACCGUCAGCUAAAUGCGAUGACAGUGAAGAAUCGUUACCCCCUGCCCAUCAUUGAUGAGUUGCUAGACGAGCUAGCCGGUUCCAAGUUCUUCAUCAGCCUCGAUCUGAGGGCAGGGUAUCAUCAAAUACGCAUGAAGCCGGAGGAUGAGCACAAGACCGCAUUCAAGACCCACAACGGCCACUAUGAGUUUCGUGUGCUGGCUUACGGACUCACGGGUGGUCCAUCCACAUUCCAGGGAGGAAUGCACAUAGUGCUCGGGCCUCUCAAUCGCCACGGAGUCCUAGUCUUCAUUGA